UCCCAAUGUUUUCCAACGGAUGCGCUCAGCAGCGCGGCGGCUUGAGGCGACUCCGGGAGCGACGCUCGGGGUGGGGGGGGGCGUCCCGGGAGGGGGCGUCUCGAGGGGGGGAGGCGGCGGCGGCGGGGGGCCGGGCCGGCGGCCCGCGCCCCGGCUCUUCUCCACCCCGCCAGGCAGCAUGGCCCACCCCCCUGAGGCGCCCGGAGCUGCCCCCUGAGUGCCCGGUGCCGGCGGAGCCGGGGAAGAUGCUGCCGCGGCUGGGUUUGCCCGGCUGACGCCCCGCCGCCGCCGCACCCCCGUCCCCAUUGUCCCCCCCCGGCCGCCUCCGGCUCCAUGAGCGCCUCCUCCUUCCCCCGCCUCUGAGCUUCCCGCCCUCCACCUCAUGGCUGCAUCGGAAGAAGGGACCGGCUGCUUUCUCCCGCGAGGCAGGUCGCAGAGUGACCCCAGCAUCCUCACCGACCCCGCGGGCCCCGGCGCCGGGGAGCACCCAGAUGAGAUGGAGCAGUCCCCUGCAAUGCGUUCUGACUACUUGGUCUCAGGGAUUCGAACUCCGCCAGUGAGGAGGAACAGCAAACUGGCAACACUGGGCAGGAUCUUCAAACCAUGGAAGUGGCGGAAAAAGAAAAAUGAGAAGCUAAAGCAGACAUCUGCAGUGCUGGAGAAGAAGAUGACAGCACGACAAGGUCGGGAUGAGCUCAUUAAGAAAGGCCUUCUGGAGAUGAUGGAACAAGAUACCGAAGGCAAAGCCUGCACUGGUGAUGAUGCCACGAGAGCAACACAGAGUGACCCUCCAGCUCCUGUGUGCCAGACACUUGCCUCAGAGGAGGUGCAGCAAGAGAGUACAAUAGCAGCCACAACGAAUGUGACCUCUUUUGGUGAGGAGCUUCAUUUGGAUGAGCUGAAAGAAGAUGCAGCCAAGAAACCUUCAGCACCCACAGAAGAAUUAGAAGAUGCCAGCCUGCCAGCAUCUGAAGACAGUCCACAAGCCUUACUUGUAUCUGAAUCCACAGAUUCCCCCCAGAAGCAGACAGACAGAAACGCAGCACAGCUUCCUAGCCCUCCGUUGCUCCCAGCUCCACCACCCAAGGCAAUCUCCAAAAUCACAAAGAGCAUAACAGCAGGAAGUGAAAUAGAUGACCCAGCCAUGAAAUCUCCUCCUUCCACCAUUCUGAAGAAUUACGUUGUUGUUGGUUCCUCCCAAAUCUCAGGACAAGCUGCUCUCUUCCAUCCCUCUGGCCAGAAAAGUUCAGAUCCCCAUGUCAGAGGACAGGUAACAACGCCAACCGGUUCCCCCCACCUGGCUGCCGUCCACCUGCCUUUACCUCCCAGCAGAGUCAUCGAAGAACUCCACAGGGCUCUGGCCACCAAACACCGGCAGGACAGCUUCCAUGGAAGAGAAAGCAAAGGCUCUCCAAAAAAAAGAGUGGAUGUCCGUCCAUCCAGAACAUCUAGCAUUGAGCGCAACAAAGAAAAGGAGAACUCGCUGAGUUACAGCAGUGAUUCAGAAAAUAAGCGGAACUCAGUUAAAGAGUCAGAUGAGAACAAAGAAAACAUGAUCAUGAACUCAGAGCUCAAGGAAGACUCUGUUUUUUAUCAGGAUGAGGAAGUUUUGAAUGACUCCAUUAUUUCUGGUACUUUGCCAAGAAAAUGCAAGAAAGAACUGCUGGCAGUAAAAUUACGGAACAGACCAAGUAAGCAGGAGCUGGAAGACAGGAAUAUUUUCCCAAGGAGGACAGAUGAGGAAAGACAGGAAAUCCGGCAGCAAAUUGAAAUGAAACUCUCAAAGCGACUCAGCCAAAGACCUGCUGUUGAGGAGCUAGAAAGAAGAAAUAUACUUAAACAAAGAAAUGAUCAAACAGAACAGGAAGAAAGAAGGGAAAUCAAACAGAGACUGACAAGAAAGCUUAACCAGAGACCUACAGUUGAUGAACUAAGAGACAGAAAAAUCCUGAUUCGAUUCAGUGAUUAUGUGGAAGUGGCAAAAGCACAGGACUAUGACAGGCGAGCAGAUAAACCGUGGACAAGACUAUCAGCAGCAGAUAAGGCAGCAAUUCGGAAAGAACUAAAUGAAUACAAAAGUAAUGAAAUGGAGGUACAUGCAUCAAGCAAACAUUUGACAAGAUUUCACAGGCCAUAGAAAUUUUCUUCUGAGAAGAAUCUGUCUUUACUUUUUGAUAUUGCUGCUGAACACACAUCAGGGAAUAUAUAAGUCUUUCCCUAAAGUUCAGCACUGGAUACCUUGAUAUUUAUGUGAAAGGAGGACUCUGCAGAUGAAGUCUCUGCAGCACUUACGUACAGAAACACACACCAUAGAUGUACUUCGCUCUGAAGUCAGAAGAGCGAUGGCCUGUGGAGUGGGAUGAUCUGCUGAAAAAGACUGAAGUAAAGCUACUUGAAGAACCUACUACUCUCCUUUAACACUUGUUUCAAACUGUUUUGCAGUCUAUCUUGGAAAAGGAGAUGUUGUGCAUGUACAGGCUUUACCAUUCCAAGGCCUCUGACAUAAAUGGACAUGACACACUGUCAUUCAGUAUUACGUUGAGAAGACAUUUUGAACUUACCACAAUUAGUUUGUAAAACACUUAAGUUCAUGUUCUAAAAACUAAUUUAAUGUAUUAUAAUUUCAUUCUUUUUUAUAUAAUGUCUAACAAUCACAGCUGCAAGCAUUUUUGAUUCCUGUUACUUUUGUUCUUUAAUUAAAUGACUACUUAUUGCAGGAAAUGAACACGUUUCCUAAAGCUCUUUUUUUUCCCCAGGGACAGUUGGGAAGGGAAGAGAUUACAAUUAUUAUGCACCGGAUCGUAUCGCUUCUUUAACAACAAAGAUUCUUCAAAAGGAUGAUCUUAACUAAGGUUUUCCAUCUUGUGGAAUAUCGACAUUUUGGACCAGAUUCUAACCAGCAUAACGUAAACAUCAGUCUACAGUAGUUGAGGUUCUGGCCCUCUAGUGAAUGACAAAUAAGCUCAUUGUUAUUCUAAUUCAAAAUUACUAAAUUUGACAACCACAGACAUGUAACAAUGUACUUUGAUAUUUAGCAAACAAAUGAUUUUAAUGCUUUAUUGACAGUAAGAAGAAACAAGUUACUAAAGGCAAAUAGAACUUGUAGGAAUAAACGUAAAGCCAGACAUUCUAAUAAUGCUUGACAUCUAGAAGCAUCUGAGAAUUCUACUCAAAAUACUACUAAAAGGAAAAAACUUAGGACAAAAUAUAUAUCCUGUAUCUGUAAAGUAUGCCUGAUGAGACGGCAACAAAAUGGCACAUACACUCACAAGACAAAAAUGUCUCUGCAAGAGUCUUAAAUGCUAUCCUUUUAGGAAGUCAUUCAAUGUUAAAAACUUGAAAAAGGCAUUCUUGGUCUUAUAGCUUUGUUGAGAUGAUCUCCAUGAAGAGAGAAAAUAAUAAAGAAAAUAUGGUAUGUAAAA